CCUCCUGCCGCCGGGAUCGCGGGCACCUCCAGCCGAUCGCUGGGAAGGGUUUCCAGAAGGUGGGAAAUGUCACCUGAUUCACACUGAACUUUUAAAAGCUCCCCGCCCCCCAGGAGCCGCGCACACCGCGCGCGGCCGCCCGCCCGCUGCCCCACACCCCGGGAGACCGCCCACCGCACGCCCGGAGACCCCGGCCGCAUUUAAGCGCGGCGGCGCCCGGCUCCCGACGUCCAUUGAAGCGCGCGGCGGCCGGCGGCGAGCGCGGGGCUGCGCCAGGAUCGCUGCGCCCUCCGCCGCCCGCCUCUGCGCCCGCCCGGGCCCCCGCCGCUGCUCGCCCCGCGCCUCCCCCGAGAUGGGCCGCUCCCGGCACCCGCCCGGCGGGCUCUGCCUGCUGCUGCUGCUGCUCUGCCAGUUCCUGGAGGACCGCAGCGCCCAGGCCGGGAACUGCUGGCUGCGCCAGGCCCGGAACGGCCGCUGCCAGGUGCUGUACAAGACGGAGCUGAGCAAGGAGGAGUGCUGCGGCACCGGCCGCCUCAGCACCUCGUGGACCGAGGAGGACGUCAACGACAACACGCUCUUCAAGUGGAUGAUUUUCAACGGGGGCGCCCCCAACUGCAUCCCCUGCAAAGAAACGUGCGAGAACGUGGACUGUGGACCCGGGAAGAAAUGCCGCAUGAACAAGAAGAACAAACCCCGCUGCGUCUGCGCCCCGGACUGCUCCAACGUCACCUGGAAAGGCCCGGUCUGCGGCCUGGAUGGCAAAACCUACCGCAACGAGUGUGCGCUCCUCAAGGCCAGGUGCAAAGAGCAGCCCGAGCUGGAGGUCCAGUACCAGGGCAAAUGCAAAAAGACCUGCCGGGACGUCUUCUGUCCAGGAAGCUCCACGUGCGUGGUAGACCAGACCAAUAACGCCUACUGUGUGACCUGUAACCGGGUCUGCCCAGAGCCCACCUCCUCGGAACAGUACCUGUGUGGCAACGACGGGGUGACCUACUCCAGCGCCUGUCACCUGCGGAAGGCAACCUGCCUCCUGGGCAGGUCCAUCGGACUGGCGUACGAGGGAAAGUGUAUCAAAGCAAAGUCCUGUGAGGACAUCCCCUGCAGUGGUGGGAAGAAGUGUCUAUGGGACUUCAAGGUUGGCAGAGGCCGGUGCUCCCUGUGCGACGAGCUGUGCCCGGAGAGCAAGUCCGAGGAGCCCGUCUGUGCCAGCGACAACGCCACCUACGCCAGCGAGUGCGCCAUGAAGGAGACCGCCUGCUCCGCGGGCGUGCUGCUGGAAGUGAAGCACUCCGGACCUUGCAACUGUAAGUGCUGUUUUCGACACGCGGGCGGCUGCUCCGCGCAGUCGCCUCCACUAACUCUGAAAUAAGGACCCCAAGCAGUUGUACCUAGAACACAAGAACGCUUUUUAUCUGAUUUCAGGAUCUGCCCGUAAAACCUGAGCCAUUGAUUCUUCAGAACUUUCUGCAGUUGUUGACUUCAUAGAUUAUGGUGGUGUUUUUUUGUUUUUUGUUUUCGGUGGUUGUUUUUUUAAGUAUUUUUUUUUUUUUUAAAAAAAACGUGUUGCAGAAGAGCAGAUGCCAAAAAUAAAAUAUUAAAAUAAAAUAAAGCAUCUCCCUGCGAGUCACGUACAAGUCACCGCUGUAAAGUGGCUGGCAGAGGGCGUGGCCACGCACCCUGAGCUGCUCUGCGCUGGUGUUGUCCGCAUUAAACAGCAGCUCCCUGUGUUCCCCCAUCUAGCCAUUUCGGAAGACACCGAGGAAGAGGAGGAAGACGAAGAUCAGGACUACAGCUUCCCCAUAUCUUCCAUUCUAGAGUGGUAAAGCCGCCAGCAGUGUUCAGUGUUGGCCUAGCCUCCGGGCAGAAAACAAAAAGGAAAGAAAGAAAGAAUAUAUAUUGUCCAUACUGUACAUAAGUGUAUGCUUAUUUAUUUGGGGGGAAAGUAUCCAUGGAGGACCUUGGUCCUCCAGCUCUCUCCCAGGCCACCUGUCACUCCUCGGACUCAGAGGGGCCGCCUUGUGAGGUCUGCUGGAUGAGGCCCGUCGUCGAGACGUGUAGACAUUUAUUUAUACUGUGUCAUGUUUUAUAAUUUAUACAUAAAAUGUCUGGUUGACUGUACACCUUGUUUUUUGAAGAAAUUUAUUCGUGAAAGGAAGAGCAGUUGUUAUUUAUUGUGAGGUCUCUUGCUUGUAAAGUGAAAGCUUUGUUUGCCUGGUAAACCAUCGAACCAUUCCUUCCCGGUCACGCACUCCCCCGCCCCCUCCGUCGCACCGUCCGCAGGCCCCUCUCCACUUGAACGCACUUGCAUGUCGGUGUGUCCUGUUUAUUUAUUGGAUUCUCUGCUGCCUGUUCUGUACGUACACGAUCCCUCGGGUUUUGUUUACAAGGAAUCUUGACUGACCAAACGGCAUUGUAACUGGCUCCGACCGGAGGUACAGGGGCGCCAGCUUUGAGGAAACUCCUGCUUCUGUUCUCUGGUUGCGACGGAGACGGUUGCGAGACUGAGGUGAUGGCGACCUGAGACUUCCAAUAAUCAGUACUUUUAAGAUGUUCCAGAUCCAAAGAAAUGGAGUGAUGGGUGUCGGGGGGCUGCCCGAGGGGGUGUUGCACACUCGCCUUUCGUUGGGUGUUUCCUGGAAGCUGGGCUCCUGUACCUUUAAAUUCGUUCUUUUUCAACCAGUGUGUCACUACACGUUAUGGCAGAGCUUUCUCAGUUCAAGUUUCUUGCUUUUCAUAAUACUUUUUUUCUGAUGCAAUUUUAUAUUUUCAAACAUGGCAAGUUAAAUAAAAAUUCAUUUAAAUAUAUAGUUUUGUACUUUUCUACCAUGUAAAUGUGCAAUGUAUAUAAAAGUUAUAAUGUGUAUUUGUAAAUAAAUGAUGAGUGAAAAAAUAAAAAAAUUUUAAAAAGCCAAA